UGGUCCUCUGCUUUGCUGGCUUUAAGCUCUCCAUUGUUGGUUUUUAAUGGGGUUUGUCUGCUGAGAGUUUCUCUCCCCCCCCCCCAAUCACCAUUAUACAAUACUAUACUUGAACUAAUACCAACACCACUCUCUCUCUCUCUCUCUCCAUUUACUUUCUCUUUUCCAUUGCUUUAAUUCACUUCUUCCACACCCAAACUUCAUCAUCUUCUUGUUAUUGCCCACCAAGCAAAGUUUGCAGCACUAAGGACAACACAUACCACCCCACUUCCAACUUUGGAUCCACAGAUCUAUUCCUCUUCCUCUUUCAGAUCUUUCUUCCCUCUCUAUCUCCUCCUCUCCAGACUCCUAUUGCGCCUAGUAUCUGCUUUAUUGAGGAGGAAACUGAUACAUGAUUAUUCGACCGAGUUGUAUUUGUGCCCAAGUACCUCAAGUGUUCAUUAGAUGUUGAUGAUUUGGAGGGUGGUUUGGGUGAGAUGAGGGAUGUUAUCAGGGUUGAUGAACUUUUUGCGGGCCUGUUUUCGGCCGAGGGCAGAUCGACAUGUUCACACCGGUUCAGAUGCUAGCGGUCGUCAAGAUGGCCUUCUAUGGUAUAAAGACUCGGGGCAACAUUUCAAUGGAGAGUUUUCAAUGGCUGUUGUUCAAGCAAAUAAUUUACUAGAGGAUCAGAGUCAGCUUGAAUCUGGCUCUCUCAGCUCAAGUGAUUCAGGACCAUAUGGCACUUUUGUGGGAAUUUAUGAUGGGCAUGGAGGUCCCGAAACCUCGAGGUUCAUAAAUGAUCACCUCUUCCAACAUCUAAAGAGGUUCACUGCAGAGCAGCAAUCUAUGUCUGUGGAGGUCAUUCGUAAGGCAUUUCAAGCAACUGAAGACGGCUUUUUCUCAGUUGUCAGCAGACAAUGGCCCUUGAAGCCGCAAAUUGCAGCAGUUGGCUCUUGCUGCCUUGUUGGAGUCAUCUGCAGUGGCACUCUUUAUGUUGCCAACCUUGGCGAUUCCCGUGCUGUUCUAGGGAGGCUCGUCAAGGCUACAGGGGAAGUACUUGCUAUUCAACUCUCAGCAGAGCAUAAUGCAAGUUUUGAGUCAGUGAGACAGGAGUUGCAGUCUCUACACCCUGAUGACUCGCAAAUUGUAGUUCUAAAGCAUAAUGUAUGGAGAGUUAAGGGUCUUAUACAGAUCUCAAGGUCAAUUGGAGAUGUGUACUUGAAAAAGGCUGAAUUCAACAGGGAGCCACUAUAUCAGAAAUUUCGACUUCGUGAACCUUUCCAAAGACCGAUUUUGAGCUCAGAACCAUCGAUAACUGUGCACCAGUUGCUGCCUCAUGAUCAGUUCAUAAUAUUCGCAUCGGAUGGCCUUUGGGAGCACCUUACCAACCAAGAAGCAGUUGAUCUAGUUCAGAAUCAUCCACGCAGUGGUAGCGCGAGGAGACUAGUGAAAGCAGCAUUGCAAGAGGCAGCAAAGAAAAGGGAAAUGAGGUACUCGGACUUGAAGAAGAUUGACCGUGGGGUUCGUCGUCAUUUCCAUGACGACAUCACAGUGGUUGUGGUGUUUCUCGAUUCACACCUUGUGAGCCGGGCAAGUUCCGCCCGGGGUGCCAACGUAUCCGUCAAAGGAGGCGGCAUAAGUCUUCCUCCCAACAGUCUGGCGCCUUGCACCACACCAAUGGAACCCGUCCCAACUUGACACUGCUGUCUCUAAUGUUUUGUACCUCUUGUUACCACCCUCCUCCUGUGAAUACAGGUAGGCUCUUGAAAGAUAAGAGCAGCCCUUGAAUUCUUUAAUCUAUACUGUAACUGUUAACUGAAGACUAGUACUUGGGAUAGUUCCAUAGUCCCCAAGGAGAGAAACUGGGAAAAGUCGAGCUUCAAGGUGACAAUUAUCGUAGUUACGUUUUUCUGGGCAGAUCUUUCUAGUCAUGUUAUUGCACAUGUUACCUCCUUUAUUUGAUCAAGAAUUCACUUGUGUAAAUCCUGUUUUAUUUGAGAUGAGUUUAGCAGAUUACAGGUGAAAGUGGAACAAGUUUUGUGCGUUUUUCUGCUUAUUUUUUGUUGGGUCGAUGCGGUGUGAUGAUGGUAGCACUUUCUGAGCAUCGUAGACUCUAGAGAAUGGAUAUGGUGGUGCAGCAGCAGAGCGAGGUCUGGGAAUGCUUUCUUUUCUUUUUUAUUUGUUUACGUGACUCAGGCGCGUGUACUGCUACUUGUUUUGUAAAUAGAAAUUACAAGCUCCUGCCCAUCAACACCCAACGACUUGCAACCGUUGGGAUUAUUUUUACUCUAAUUCAAAUUGGGAGACAUGAGUUUAUAAACAAUUUUUAAUUGGAAAAGGGAGAUGUAUCGUACUAGAAAUAAAAAGUAUAGCUAAUCCAAAUUCGAACAAUACAUACCUGUAA